AUGUCUUUGUCAACUGAGGAUGAUGAGUCCACGGUAACCGGGUCUUCAUCCAUGCCACCCGCCGCGCCUUCAUCAGCCAUGUCUCUGUCCAAACCCACACCUCACCCGACAACACUUGUAAUCGAACCAAAGCCAACUGAUGACGACGACCUCGCCAGCGACUGGACGUUUCCACCCAUGACAACUCCCUGGACUGGCCCGCCCGAUUGCACAUGGACUUAUGAUGCAAACCACGUAUCAAUGUCUGGAAUAGGAGGUCUCGAGGCCAUGCUUGACCUUCAGCCGAUUGCUGGGGCAAAGUCACUAUCGUGCUAUCCGGAUGCUAUGUUCGACAACGGUCUUACGGGUGUUUAUAGUCCGGGUACGUGCCCACAUGGAUGGACUACUGUAACUCUACGCAUCGAACCCAGCGCAAACCGGGACGAUGAGACAACUACAGCUAUCUGCUGCUCCUCUCAUUAUACUUUGGAAGGUAGUCUCUGUAAACGAUCGACUUCCUCAGUGGUAGCCAUCCCUUACACUUUCAACCAAACAGCGCAGUCCUACGACGCUCAUUCCGAAUCCGCCACUACUUUAUACAGCGCAACGAUUGCUGUCUACACCAUUCGGGCCCUUUUCAAGGAUAGAGACAAGGAUGCCCUCGGACUCAAAGAUGAGGAUGAUAUUCCAGGCGUUGACCACCAUAAGGAUUCUCUGUCUUUGAGUGAGCGAAUCGGCAUUGGUGUUGGCGUUGCGGUUUUUGUACUCUUGGCGGUUGGAGGACUGGCCUUUUGGCUUAUCCAUCGAGAGAAAGCCCGGACGGAAAAGAGAAGACCACACGAACUCAACGCGGUGGGCAACAUGCGCCAUAACUCGUCAGGAGCUGGUGACGACUUCUACGCUGCUGCCGAGGCCAAUCAACGAAACAGAAGUCGCGGAAACGCAGAGCCUCCUCCACCUGCGUACGUGGCUACAGACUCGAACAGCAUGACAGAGAACGACAGCCGUCUAAGUGAAGAUACAACAACGCGGGACGAAGAGAUCAGGGCGUUACAGAUACAAAAAGAAGCGAUUCAGCGUCGUCUCCAACAGCUGGAGCAGGCUGAUAUACAGAACCAAACUGACAACCGACAUAACUAA